UGGCAUUAAAGCGAGGUACGUAACGUUCACCCAUCGCUCCGAGCCAAUGACUCCUCUCCCGGCAGGAACCCAUCCAAGGAAACGCAGGAGUACGUAAGUGCAAGUCGUCAAAUGAAAUCGACCCCGCGAUCGGCGCCCGCCCCGCUGUUUCACCCUUUUCUUAUCCCAAUCCUUUUUCUACGUACUUCAACCCCUCCUCCUCUUCCCUUUCUCUCCAAACCCUCCUCCUCCUCCCAAUUACCCAUACCACACACACACAUCCUCAAAAUGGCCACCAACAUCACCUACCACGCCAGCGGCCUCACCCGCACCGAGCGCAACACCCUCCGGUCCCAACGGGGUCUCACAAUCUGGCUGACUGGACUCUCCGCGUCCGGCAAAUCCACACUGGCAGUUGAACUGGAGCACCAACUAGUGCGCGACCGGGGGGUGCACGCGUACCGUCUAGACGGCGACAACAUCCGGUUCGGACUCAACAAGGACCUAGGAUUCAGCGAAGCCGACCGGAACGAGAACAUCCGACGGAUUGCCGAAGUGGCCAAGCUGUUUGCCGAUUCGUCCGCUAUCGCCAUUACUUCUUUCAUCUCGCCGUACCGCAAGGACCGCGACACCGCAAGACAGUUGCAUGAGGUGCCCACGCCCGGAGAGGAGACGGGUCUGCCGUUCGUCGAGGUGUAUGUUGAUGUGCCGGUGGAGGUGGCGGAGCAGCGGGACCCCAAGGGUCUGUAUAAGAAGGCGAGGGAGGGCGUGAUUAAGGAGUUUACCGGUAUUAGUGCCCCGUAUGAGGCGCCGGUGAAGCCCGAGGUGCAUGUCAAGAAUCAUGAGGUGCCCGUGCAGGAGGCUGUGGCGCAGAUUAUUCGGUAUUUGGAUGAGCAGGGGUAUUUGCCGGCUAAGAAGGAGUAGAGUAUUCAGUCCCAGUCCCUGGAGGGGAUGGGGGGUGGGGGUUUAGAGUAGAUAGAUAGAUGAUAGAUAGAGAUGAUGUGUUGGUUGUAUAUAUGAGUUGGGUUUUACUGCUUACUACUUACUACUUACUUGUAGUGCUUUGAAUGUGGCUAGGCUGGAUAGAUGGAUUGAGGGGGAUUGAGUACUUCUAUGUACGUACGCUAGACUUAUAAACAGGAAGAGAAUAGAUCCAAGCAUAAAACAAUGGUGCAAACUAGCAAUGGCCGCUGGCUAGUUGAACUCAAACUCAUAA